GAAAAGCGAGGCGUUGGCAGAGCAAUAGCGAAGAGUGGGAAUUUUGGUUAUUUUGGCCGACUGUGGGGGCGAGCCGCAGCUGAAGCUGGAGCUUUCGGAAGGAGGACUGGCCGAAAGAAAGGUGUCCGGAGAAAGGCGCGAGCUUUCGAGUUUGAAGGCAGCAAUUGCGUAGGAAACGAAAUUUUCAGGAAAGAUGGAGGCAAUCACAGCACUGGGGCGAGAGCAGUCGACGUGAUGAUUGGCACUGGCGUCGGAUUGACGAGAAAACGAGCAGCAGCGGCAGCAGCAGCCGAAAGCAGCUGUAGUGAUUAUGCCUUGCCUGCCUGAGCACAAUGAGCACGUCGGGAGCUCUUUUUGCUCUGGCCCGGAGCCCAUACGUGGGAGACUAGCCGAACUUGCAGAUGCGUCGCCUGAGAUAUAGAAGAGCCCUAACAUUUUUGGCCGGAUUUCGGAAUUUAGAUUAGAAUAGUGAGCGGAGACCGACGGAAUUUCUCAUUGUUUUGUUCGGGCGCGUGUUAUGAGACAAAAGUAGUUCCACAUGGAUCCCGGGCUUCUCAAGCUGCUGGAUGAUGACGAGGUUUGUGCUGAACCUCUCUUAUUUUUUUUCCAGACUGUUUUGCGAGCCCGGCCUGUGGAUUAGCAAUUCCUCGUCACCCCCUCGAGAUUAUUUGCGGUGCACGAUGGUGCACCAUCUUUCAGCAACUGCAGUUAGGUUUGGGAUGAGAGGUUUUUCAUCCGUCCAAUUCAGUAUGUGGUCUCGAGGAGAAAGUUCAUGAAAGCAACAUCGAUUGUGGGAAGGGGAUCCUUGUGUGGCGGAGUUUACGACUUCAACAAAAUUCGAGGCACAGUUUGUUCAUCUUCAUUAGACGCAUGGAUUAUAAUGCACCACCUGCAGCAGAUGUCGAUGCUUUUGCUGCUGUUUUGAAAGGCGACAUAGGUGGUGCCGCAGGAUCAUCGGCAGCAGCUGCAUAUGGCAUGCCACGUUCUGGCAAUGGAACGUCACAACCCUUACCACCUCAGUCUCCACCAGCGACUGCCGUCUCAGGUAAUACUGGAAGCAAACCAGUUCCAGUGGCCCCCACCGCAGCUACUCCUGGCCAGCAACCAACGGCUUUACAAUGGUCGCAGCUCACCCCACAACAGCAGCAGGAAAUUCAAAGGAGGACUAUGCAACAAAGAAUGCAUCAACAACAGCAGCAACAACAACAAAAACAACAGCAGCAGCAAAUGGAGCCUGGAGCCCCAUCAACCGUUGCUGGAAACAGAAAAGGAAAUAUUCGAGAAGGCAUAUCGUUUACGGCCCUGAUGCCUCUCCUACAACCCCAUCUUCCCCCUGAGCAGGGUCAACAACUUUCUGCUUUGUAUUUGCAGUUCAAGAGAAAUGAAAUUACACGUGAAGAUUUCAUUCGAGGUGCCAGAGUUAUUGCAGGGGACCAAGUUUUAGUUCAAACAAUACGGCAAAUGCAUAUGAAGCAGCAGCAGCAACAACAACUUCAGCAGCAACAGCAACAGCAGGCGUUGCUCCGCAGUCAACAUCAACAACAACAUCAACAACUAGCACAGACACCUUCAACACAACCGUCUCUGCAUCCACCGCCCCAACCUCAGGGACAAGCUCAGUCUCAGCCCCAAGUUCAAGUUCUUGCCCAACCACAGACACAUGCUCCAGCUCAAUCUCAAGGCCAAGGUCAACCACAAGGUCAAGGCCAAGCUCAGUCUUUAUCCCUCUCACUAUCUCAAACUCCUACUCAAGGACAGACCGUUCAACCUCAGGCUCAGGCUCAGGAGGAGCAAAUCUCACAAACAACGUCCUCCAACUCUUCUGUACCGCCUCCAUCUCCUCAAGAACUAUCCAAACAGCCACAGGAGCAGACAGGUACACCGAUACAGACGAUAUCAUCGCAGAUCAAGCAGCCAGUUGAUCAAAAUUUAGAGGCACCUGAAUCCAAUGGGGCUCAGCAGAGUGCGGCGCCUGGACUUCCUCGAGCAGUUUCUCCUCAACCUAUACAGGUGCCGCCAAACGCAGAUGUUCAGUCUUUGCCGCAGUCUCAGGCUUUCCAUCCGGUCCCUCAAGUACCGUCUAGUUUAGCUCAAGUGCAAGGAUCUACGGUCAAGCAAGGGGACCAGCAACAGGAGUCAGCAGGAAUUGGGCUCCCGACCAAUCUUAAGACUCCCUCUCCAAUUAACUUGCAGACUGUGAAACAGGAGGUAGAUAAAUUGAAUCUAGGUAGGCAGCAGCAAAUGGCUCCUAAUUUCUCGUCUCCACCGCAGCGUCCUUCUGCUCCGGGUUUACAUCAAAUGCCUGUCGUACCUGCAGCUGUUCAAAUUCCACAACCAUUCACGCCAAAAGCACCUCCACAACAACCUCCUCCUGGACAAGCUACAGGGCACUUACAAAUGCAGCAAACUCCAGCAGUUGCACAGGGACUAGCUGCAGGUACUGUCCCACAACCGCAUGCACAGCCACAACCACAACCUGCACCACAACCUACUCCACCAGAGAAACCAUUGACAAAGUACGCUAAACAAAAACUUAGAAAAGAGCAGAAGAAGCGAGAAGAAGAGGAGAGAGCGCGCAAGGCCGCUGAAGAAGAGAGACUGAGGAAGCAAAAUCAGUCGAACACUCUUCCAAAUGUUCACCAAGGAUUGGUACCACAACACCCAACACUUCCCGCAACACACUUACCUUCAGCUUCAGUCGACCUUAAUAAACAGGCUUAUGGUCAUCAUCCAGGGUCAUUAUCACAACAGGUCACUUCCCAGGUCGAUAAACAACAGGGUGGACCUUUAGCACAAGUGGGUCCGGUGAUCUCAGGACAGUCGGGUACGGCCGUCAAGCAAGAACUGUCUGACUUGCAAUCAGAUAGCUUGCAAAAGAGACAGGCUAUGCAACUUCCGAAAGGAUCAGUUUUGGGACAGACUCCUCAGAAGUCUGGGGAUUCUUCUCUCUUGUCUGCAGCGAAUGCUAGUCAUAUGCAGGUCCAAGGGUCUAAUGCAGAAGCUGGGCAAGUGCUCUCUCCUCAGGGAAGUGCCCCUGGCUCGUUUUCUAACUUGGUACAACCUGGUGGUGUUGGGUCACUACCUAACAGUGGGGUUAUGCUGAGUCAGGGUACUGUGGGGGUUGCAAAUCUUCAUACAAACAAGCAGGUGGGUGGACAGCGGGGAAUUGGUUCUGUGUCAACAGCUGUUCCAGCAGCUCCUGCAUAUAAUGCCACUUCCUUGCACCCUACAGCUUCUCUUGGUGUUGGCGCAUCUCUACCGAUAGGAGCUGCACCAGGACAAAAUGCUCCCGCACCUAGUGCAUCUGUACCUGGAGCUGCACCAACUCCAUCGGGACCAGUAAAAACUCCAUCCAAGAAAGCGAACGUCGGUCAGAAGAAGCCAGCUGAAAAUUCACCUGCACAACAGCCGUCCAGCAAGAAGCAAAAGGUGUCUACAGCAGGAGAGCCCGAUCAGAGCAUAGAUCAGCUAAAUGAUGUAACCGCUGUUAGUGGUGUUAAUCUGAAGGAGGAAGAGGAGCAGCUUCUGGUUGGACCCAAAGAGGAGAGCCGAACCACGGAGGCAAUGCGGAAGAUUGUUCAGGAAGAGGAAGAGAGACUUUUUCUUGAUAGAAGUGCAUUGCGCUUGAAACUUGGUGCAAUUGCUGGAAAAUGUAAUAUCAAGAGUGUGAGCGAAGAUGUGGAGCGUUGUAUAUCUAUGGCUGUUGAAGAGAGACUACGGAGCAUGUUGUACAAACUGAGCAAAUUGUCCAAACAGCGCUGUGAUGUAGAAAAGGACAGGCAUAAGAUUUGUAUCACCUCUGAUGUACGAAGACAACUGCUUCUGAUGAAGAGACGAGCCAAAGAAUUACAAGAUAAAAAAUUAGCGGAAGAAAGUGAGAGACUGCGCCGACUGAAUGAGAAAAAAGAUAAAGGAUCUCUUCCUGAUACAGAGAGAGAGGAGCUUAGAGCUAAAGCACAAAAGGCACAACAAGAGGAGGAAGAUAGACUGAAAGCCAAUGCGGCCAAUGUAGCUGCUCGCGUAGCUGUGGGUGCAGAUGAUAUGCUUCUGAAGUGGCAGAUGAUGGCUGAGCAAGGACGUCAGAAGCGGCAAGGGGGAGAUAUUGGGUCUGCCGAAGAAAAUGCGGCCAGUAGAGCCGGAAACUCAGAUGGAACUGCUGGAAGGUCGUCUGAGAAGAAGGCAGAAAACGGUGAUGCUGGGACAGGUGCUUCUGGCACUAAUGAGACAGAUUCGCAAGGAGCAACUUCCCUAACUGCCACAGGAAGGCCACCUGGACCUGGACCUGGAGCAACACGGAUGAUGAGUGCCAAUGGACGCCGGGGGAUGAAUCCGUCUGGGAGGGGUCAACGUACAAUCUCGCUGAAAGAUGUGAUUGCAUACCUUGAAACAGAACCCCAAAUGUCCAAGUCUGACAUCUUGUAUCGACUGUAUGAGAGAGAAAGGAAGCCUUCUGAUGGAGAUAGAACAACCGUGGGGAAUCGGAAGUAGAUUAUCACGAAAUGAUGAUCCUGUAAUGUGGUCGAGGUGUCAUUUGUGCAGAAAUUCAACUUCCAACAUAGUUUGAUCAUGUAAUUUAAUCGCGGUUGUGUUUUGUUCCUUAUAUGACCGGGUUCAAUUCUAACCGCCAAACAGGAGUAGGUGGUACCUUCUCUACCAUUCUUACAGCAUUCGCUGCGUUAACACAUACCAUUCUUUGCACCAGACAGAGGGCAAGUAGUAGUAAUAAGCGCCCAGUGAUGUCCUUAUGCAAAGGUUACCGUCCUUGCUAAGUAUGCCCUUAUCCCCUAGAGGACAGUGGAGAUGAACGAGAUCCCCAAGUCAUCUUCUCCAGUCUUCGGAGGUGUUGUCAUUGAUGUUUGUGUAUGUUGGCACGGUAAGGCAGUAAAUUCCGGUGACCAAUAUUUUUUCAGUCACCUUUUAGUAACAAACUUGAGCACGAAUUUCGCGCAAGUCAACCAAGGACGAGAGUCCUUCCUUAUGAUCAUUCAGUCGUGGAUUGUCCGCAGUCAAUUGCAAGAAAUUGUUUUCUUAUUCUAUUUUUAGAUAUUUACCGAACAGAU